UAUCACCGACACAGUAGGCCUGUGAAAGAAGGAACACCAAGCCAACCUUAUAUAUAACUCAAAAUCAAAUUCAAUUCGAAUCAAUGAAAUUUUUGCAGUCGUUUCCUCCAAGCCUUUCGAUACUUGUUCCCAACUCUGCGAACCGUAUCACUCCCAGCGGCACUGUACUUUCCAAGUUCCGUCUAUUUUCACUCAUUUCCGGGUGCACCCGGCCUCGCAUUGGACAGUACCGUCCAGCUGAUCGCACGGUUCGUCGUCAUCUGUUUUUAGUAAGGAGCCGCUGUUCUCUCGGCCUACUUAGUUUACUCAAGGUACGCCGUGUCCCGUUUGUUCUAACCGUCGUGUGCUAGUGCUUGUCUGGGACAACGAACGACGACAGCUGGAGUGCGUUUGCUGCUUCUGCCUUAGCCUCAACAAUCUCUAUUCGUGCGGCCUCCGAGCGGUGCGCUCAAACCAGCCACCAACUGCCAGUCGGGAGAGAAGUCCCGAGUGGGCACUGCUAUUGGUGCUGCUGCCGCUACCGCUGCUGCCGCCUCCUGGACAUAGUUGUGUGAGCAGGGGAAAUAAAGUGACGGAGUGGAGUAGAGAGGUUGUCCGACUGACCGACAGGCCGAUAGACAGACAGACAGCCAGCCAACGGCGAACCGCUGCAAGUGUGAACAUAGAGAGGCAAGGACAGCGUUAGACAAGAAGCAGGAGAUGCGCUUAGGCUGGCAGAGAGGCUCUUGGUGAGGCAGACAAGACGGGAAGAAGAAACAAGGCCAGCCCCCCGGGGCAAACGGAAAAUUAGAAGUAAAAGCGUUACGUUAGGGGGCGAUCUAUAUUGACGUGUUGUGGCAUGCAUUUGUGUGGUGUUUGGGCGUUUUCGAGACGGAGUUAGUCCUGAAAGAGCUGUGGUAGUUUACCGCACCGAAGAAACGACAGCGGAAUACGCACAGCGUAAAAUACACACCCAUUGCUCGCCUAAGCAAAAAGUCACUCGUAGUAGAGCAAAUACAGAGAGACGGCCCGUUAAUGCUGCGGAGUUUGCUGAUAAUGAUGUGGUGUUCGUAGUGGAAGAAUUCGGGUGUGUUUCUCCUUCGCCAAGUUAUUCCUUGCUAUUGAGUUGUUGAAUUGAAUUUAAUAGUGUAGAAAAGUUAAGUGCGUGUGUCGGCGAACUUGUGGUACACCGUCGAUCUCCUCUAAUUCAUUGUUGCUGUUGCUAGUUGCUGUCUUCGGCCGCCGUUAAGACAAUCACCAAUAUACACAUCCAGCAUUGUUAGCCUUUCCCCCUAUUUUAUUGCUGGUGAUUAGUGCUGUGGUGACACUCUGGAAGUUCAACACAGCCGCGUGAGCCUGACGGACGUUCUGGCUACCUAGCGCGACCGACAAGCGGCCGCUCUCAGGGCGCGUUCUGGAGUGGCCUGCUUCAGGCCCGACGAGGUCCCGACGAUCGAGCUCCUCGACGAAAACGACAACGACGCCGGAGGUCCGUCAGGCCCCCGCAGGCCUCUUCCGGAUGCACUGAGCAGCGAGCUACCACAAUUUGUCCAAACCAAGGUUGGCCUACUUCAACACCGACAGCAGUACCGUUGUUGCCGCUGCCGACCAUCGUCAAAGAGAUCAUGGACCAAUCACAACGACAACAACAAGCCCAGUUGUAUCUGCAACAGCAUGAGUUAUUCGGCAUUAAUAACCCCAGUGUAGGCAAUAGUUGCAGCAGUAGUACUCAGGGCACAGUUGCGCAAUCAACAUCGUCACCUGCCCCUUCGCAAACUACGCCGAGCCAACAGCAAUCGGGAGUGAGUCUUCUUUCGAACACCGUUGCCUCUUUACCAUCAACGGCGGUGCAGUCUCAGCAUCUGCAGCAAUCACAGUCUCAAAUCAUAACAAGUACUAGUAUUUCCAUUACGACAUCUACAGCCGUAACGACAUCUCACAGUUUAGGACUUGCUUCUGCGUCCAUUGUUCCAGCGACAGGAAAAAUUUCAGCGGCGGCAGGGGCUUCAACCCCCAACACAAACGUGGACAUCGCAACAACGCCGGGAACUGCUGUUGUAAUCUCUGGUACUGCAGUUGUUUCUAUAGCAGCGGCAGGGAACUCUGCAGCUGGCUCAAACCCAGUACCAACAAGCAGUACUAAUACUAACGUGACCUCACUAAUAACGACAAGUAAUGGAGGUAGCUGUGGGACUAUUACUGCCAGCGCCGCGACGAUCGCGACGGGGGCUUCGGCUGUGGCGAAUACAGUGUCCUCUGUUCUCGGGAAUGUGAUCAGACAUCCUACAAACGUCCUUCCUAUGGGAGCUAGUGUAGGUCCAGCAGGCGGUAUGCAGCCCCCAGGGGUUGCAACGGCGACCAACGCAGUUACUCUGACGCAGACAACUCCAGCAGUUUCGGCUAUUUCCGGUACAGGAACUGGCCCUUCGGAUGUCGCGGUAGCGAACUCUGUCGUUGCGGCGAAUACGGUCGUGCCUACUUCACGACCGCAGUCGCAGCAAUCGAUAGGCCCUGGCGUUGGUGGAGGAUCAGGAUUGAUAUCUCCAGGGGUGAAUAAUCCUGCAACAUGUUGUAGUGACGCUGAUGGAGUGAACAAAAUUCCGAAUUCUGACAGCGGAAGUCCCACCACAGUAACGGGGAAGGUGGCAACAGGAUCGACAGCAGCCUCAACAACGAUAUCGGUUGCCACACCAGUGACAGCUCCGACCCCAGCGCUCCCGGGGGCAGUGAAUUCAUCAUCAUCAACAAUAAGUGGGAUCAACAGUGCUGGAGGUGUCGGUGGAACCCUUAUGAAUAUGAGUAAUAAUAGCUGUAACGGAAGUAAUAAUAAUAACAAUAAUAUAGGUGGUAUCGCAGUAGGCGCCAACAGUGCGACAGGGUCUGCGCUGCGCCGACCUGAGGAUGUUCUUCGUGUAACUGGUCAAAACGAUAAGCUUAAGUUCACCAUGUUAAUUGGGCUCCUGCAGGCCACCCCCGAGCAGGCGGGCAAGGACGUCGUUCACACCGUGUUGCACCUGCUCGUGGGUGGGGAGUUUGACAUGGAAUUGAACUUUGUCAUUAAUAAUCCCAACAAUAUUAUCUACAUGCUAGAACUUCUGGAUCACAGUUCCACUCAGCUACAGGCCGAGCUGUGGAGUGUAUUGUGUGCUAUGCUAAAGAAGAGUGUACGCAAUCUACAAGCGUGCACGGAAGUCCACCUAAUUGAGCACAUCCUCGCCCGAAUGGCUCAUGUCGAUCAGGUUGUCGCAGACCUAGUAAUCGAAGUACUAGGCGUGCUCGCAAACUACUCGAUUACGGUGAGGGAGCUUAAAUUGCUGGUGGGCUAUCUACGUGCAAGUGGCGCCACUUGGGGGCCGCACUCGGUACGACUUCUCUCCGUACUGCGGGCGUUACCACAUCGAACAGGACCCGAUUCAUUCUUCAGCUUCUCCGGGAAAAAGGGUUCGGCGAUCGCAAUUCCACCACUAUCACGUUGGCCGUACCAGAGCGGAUGGACCCUCUGCACUUGGUUUCGUCUCGACCCGGUUAACUCGGUGUCGAUUGAACGUGAAAAGCCCUACCUGUACUGCUUUCGCACUUCAAAGGCCGUCGGAUAUUCGGCUCAUUUUGUUGGCAACUGUCUCAUCUUCACAUCCAUGAAAGUCAAGGGCAAGGGGUACCAGCACUGCGUGAAAUACGAGUUCCAGCCGCGGCGGUGGUAUAUGCUAGCGGUCGUUUAUAUCUACAAUCGGUGGAGCAAGAGCGAAAUCAAGUGCUUCGUCAAUGGACAGCUGGCCUCUGCCACGGAGAUGAGCUGGCUGGUCAGCACAAAUGACCCGUUCGACAAGUGCUAUAUUGGCGCCUCACCCGAACUCGACGAGGAGCAUCUGUUCUCCGGCCAAAUGUCAGCCGUGUACCUAUUCUCAGAGGCGUUGAGUACGCACCAGGUGUGCGGUAUCCACCGACUCGGCCCCGGGUACCAGGCACAAUUUCGAUUCGAGGGCGAAUCGCCGACAUUAAGUGAAUCGCUCCGCAGAGUUUUAUACGAUGGGAAACUUGCGCAGGCGAUGCUCUUCUGCUAUAAUCCGGUAGCAACCGACUCGCAGCUUUGUCUACAGGCUGCCCCGAAGACCCCUGGCGGAGUUAGUGGGGGCGCGGCGUUCUUCGUUCAUAACCCGCACGCGCUAAUGCUACAGGAAGUGCGAGCUGUUACAACACACGGAAUCCACUCGACGCUCAACUCGAUUGGUGGACUACAAAUGCUAUUCCCCCUACUAGGUCAACUUGACUAUCCGGUGCAGGGUGUCGAACACGAUGUCAAUACAGCCAAAGCUAAUGGCAUAUGUGCCACCCUAAUCGGGUUUAUCUGCGAGAUGUGCGAAGGCAGUACUGCGGUUCAACAGCAUAUGAUCCAGAACAAGGGAUUCCUCGUUAUUUCUCAACAGUUACGUAAGGCGUUACGGCACCAUCUGAACGAAAGUGUCCUCCAGUCAUUUCUAUCAUUGGUCCGUCAUCUACUGACCCUAUCGACUGCCAACGGCGAGCUGCUUCUGAAACAUCUUCUCGACCACGUGCUCUUCAAUCCAGCUCUGUGGAUCUACACCCCAACACCGAUUCAGAUCAGACUCUAUUCAUACUUGGCCACCGAGUUUCUGGCGGACACUCAGAUCUACGGAAACGUCCGGCGAGUAUCAACCGUCCUUCAAACAAUGCACAUACUGAAGUACUAUUACUGGGUAACCAAUCCAUCUGAGAAGAGCGGGAUAGUUCCGAAAGGCGCAGAUGGACCGAGGCCUGCUCCGCCAGAGAUUCUCUCGAUUCGGGCGUACCUCUUGCUGUUCCUCAAACAACUCAUCGUGAAGGGAUCAGGCCCGAAAGAGGACGAACUGCAAAGCUGUCUCAACUAUUUAACAACGGUACACGAAGACGACAAUCUACACGACGUACUCCAAAUGAUGAUCGGGCUCAUGGCCGAACAACCGGCAACAAUGGUGCCAGCGUUCGACUGUCGUGCAGGGGUACGUGCCGUAUUUAAGCUCCUCGGAUCCCCUUCAGAGACAGUACGACUUCAAGCGUUAAAACUUUUGGCAUUCUUUCUGAGCCGCAGUACGCAUAAACGGAAGCACGACGUCAUGAGCCCGCAUAACCUCUAUAUGCUGCUCGUCGAUCGGUUGCUGCUUCACGCAGACCAUUUGACGUUGGCCACGUACAACGUGCUCUAUGAAAUGCUCACGGAACACAUUGGUGCUCAUAUUUUGUACACUCCACAUGCUGAGCCUGAGCAUCAUUUCCGACUGGAGAACCCCAUGGUCCUAAAAGUCAUUGCCAGUCUUCUCCGUCAGUCAAAAGCGUGCGACGAACUGAUGGAAGUAAAGCGCCUCUUCCUCUCUGACCUAAGCCUGCUGUGCAACGCUUCCCGCGAGAAUCGCAGGACAGUCCUGCAGAUGUCGGUAUGGCAGGAAUGGCUGGUCGCCCUGGCAUACGUACAUCCUCAGGAUCAGGAGCAGAGGAGGAUUUCGGAAACUGUGUUUGCUUUAUUCCGCGCCCUCUUACAUCAUGCCAUCAAAUAUGAAUAUGGCGGAUGGCGCGUUUGGGUAGACACCCUGGCCAUCGUGCAUUCGCGCGUCGCUUUCGAGGAGUACCAGCUACACUAUGCACAGAUGCAGUCAGCCCCAGCUGCGCUGCGUGAGUCGCCCUCCCCCGCGGACGAAACGGUGCCAGGUGUCUCGACCGGAGGGCAAAUCGCUUUGACAAAUGCCCCCUCCGUCCGAGUCCUGGGUGUGGCGUUGUCUGCUACCACCCCCUCGCAGGAACUCCCUGCCCCAAGUCUCGCGGAAGCCGUUUCCUCUGCUACUGCUGGUGUCGGUAGCAAUCAACCAUCGUCUACCGGCGUCGGCGGUAACCCAAUGGCUCCAGUUAGCUACUGUUCAUCCGCCCAACAGCAUAACAUGCCCAGCACGACUUCAUCGAGCCCUUCCACCGCCGAUAUUUCCAUAUCCUCUUCUUCUUUUUCGGCCCACAAUCAACAAACGCAACAUUUGUCGCAACCGUCACCACCACAACCGUCUGCAUCUGCCGUACAGGAUCAACAAACUGUUGACGGUGCUCCAUGCAGUGAUCAUCAGUCCUAUAAUGGUAUUACUAAUCAUCAUAGUCAGCAUCAACAUGAUCAUCUUCAGGCGUAUCGGGGCCAGCAGAUUUCUUCUUCCUUGGCGUCCUCACCAGAGAGAGGCAGUCGUGGGAGCGUAGAAACGGCAGGUCCUCUGCAAGUUGAGCAGGUGGUCAUCACCGAAGAUGGGCAGGUCGUGUGCACCGCAGGCUCACAGGAGACGAUCGAGGAGAAAUCGGAUGACGGAACUGAGAAAGAGCUGCAUGCGGAUGCCAAGGAACGUUGCCAGGGCGUGGGUGAGGCCACCGACAUCAAAGACCAACAACAAAGCGUUGACAGACAACAAGCGACCCUGACAACCAUAACGACAACGGCUUUUAUAGCAAGUAACGAUGAAGAAGAGGCUGCGACCACGCAAGGGUCGCAGAAGGUCAAGGUAAAACAUACCGAAGAACAACAACGGGUAGCUCAGGGAGAACGGUCCCUUGACGCAAUGAAAGAUACGAUCGGGUGCCAAAUUGCGACUGAAGCAAGUGCUGCUGCUAACGACGUGCUUAGGUCAGAGGAGACCACGAACAACGGCGUUGUUGCACAUACCAAGGAUGAACAGGAACCCAAGCUGUCCUCAUCGACCAAAAUUCCGGACUCUACUGAAGACCUACCCGGUAUCCAUCGAGCCCCAACAACUCCUUGCCGCAGAAGCUCGGCGAUGGCCGCCUCAGAAGUAGAAACUUCCGCUGCGACAAUUACAGAUUCUGGUAGAGGAGCUAGUGAGCACAAUGAGGACUCCUCUGUCAUAAUCAACAAAGACCAGUUGACGUCCGUCGUAACCAAAGACGCUGUUCCAGAGGCUGAAAUGAAAGUCCUUGAGGAUGUCAGCUUAAGCGAAGAGGAGGAACGGGACUCUUCAGGCUCCCCCCAGAUGAUUGACUGUCCCGCCAUCGAAUCACCUGCUCCGUCGCAUACGUCACAGGUGUCAGCAGGCUCCGGUAUUGAGCACGAACCUCAAGAGGAUGACGGCAGAGAAAAACACGAAAAUGAGGGUGAAAAGGAGAUCCCUAUGGAUGCAGCUCUCGUCACGGAGCUGUCCUGCGAUACGAUAGAGUCCUCAAGUAUGCCGCUAUCCCCUUUACUAGAGAAAAAGGCCGCCGAACAAAACGCCAAGAGUCAACCACCGCCAACGAGUGAUGUGGUCGAGAUCAAAGAAGUAUCAGGCGAGGUGGAGACCGUUGACAUCACCAACAGCGCUAACAACAAUAAUAAUAAUGUGGGCGGCCGAGAAGGUCGUGGAGGCUGUAUUAAGAACGAAAAUCACGAAGCGGUCCUCGGAAGCAAUGGUAAAGAGUCCGGUUCAGCCAUUGAGACGGGCGAAAGGCUCGCAGGCGACUCCGGAUCAGCCGGCAGUCCUGAACAAGUCGUAUCCACUAUCGAUGCUCAGUUACAACAUAGCUCGUACCGGGGUCUAGAAGUCGCCAAGGACAAGGUCACAGGACUACAAUCCGACGGGGCAGAGCGGGCCACACUAGAGGACCUUGGGCCUGACGGAGCGGAGCCGGCCAAGUUGCGAACAAAAAGUGUCUCAUUUGCUAACGUGAAUGAUACGUAUGAGAGCGUUUACCCGCCUGGUCACGGCAACGGGACCGGGGUUAGUAGUAGCAACAACAGCCGGGAAAAUAGCUCGCAUGCCGCAUCAAGACACUUGUUCAAUAGCGGGCCUUCGCGACCACCUUUCCGUAUUCCCGAGUUCCGCUGGUCAGCUAUCCACCAACGCUUACUGUCAGACCUGCUCUACUCCCUCGAAACCGAUAUCCAACUCUGGAGGUCACACUCUACAAAGACCAUCAUGGAUUUUGUCAACUCGAGCGACAACGCCAUCUUUGUCGUUAAUACAGUGCAUCUUAUUUCACAGCUUUCCGACAACAUCGUUAUAGCCUGUGGCGGACUUCUUCCACUACUGGCCGCUGCAACCUCGCCCACGCACGAGCUGGACGUGGUAGAACCGACGCAGGGGCUAUCAUCGGAAAUGAGCUUCGCCUUCCUCCAGCGUUUAGUGCAUCUGGCCGACGUACUGGUGUUCGCUUCAUCGCUUUCGUUCUCCGAGCUCGAAUCGGAAAAGAACAUGGCAUCGGGGGGCAUUCUCCGCCAGUGUCUACGGCUCGUUUGCACCAACGCCGUGCGGACGUGCCUAGACGGACGAAUCAAACUGCCCGCCCCCUCACCACCAGCGCAAUCUAGCGGCAGCACCGGUCAUCAUCACGGCCAUGGAGUAUCCUCGCAGGUACAAACAAAUCACGCAAUGGCCAGUGCCCUACAACGAAUGCGUAACGACCUCAGCGGCAGCCUGAUGCAGGUCAAGGAGCCUGAGAAGCUUCUACAAGACAUGGACGUUAACAGACUCCGUGCUGUCAUUUACAGAGAUGACGAGACUAAACAAGCUCAAUUUUUAGCUUUAGCUGUUGUCUAUUUCAUCUCCGUUCUGAUGGUGUCUAAGUAUCGAGAUAUAUUAGAACCGGCUAGUCCGCAUGCGGAACGCCGCGACCGUGAACAGCAGCAGCGCACUGCGUACGAAAACAAUGGCCGGACAACGGCUUCGUCGUGUCACCACAGCCAUAUCGGUCAUGGGCACGGGACAUCCGGUGAAGAUUCGGAUAUCCUGGCCAAUUUGCACUCGUCCAGUAUCCCGAUUAUUCCUAAACAGCACCUCGGUCAGGGCCACUCAUCCACCCAUGCCUACUGUCACCAGCGGAACGCACACCUGUCGUCUGUCAGUGACGAGGCUCAUGGCGGAUCCAACAAAAACGGGGACUUCACUCGGGCCGGCCAAGGUAGUCAGGGUAACGGUGAGUCUCGUGAACCGAGCCUCACCCAAAAACUUGAGACAGCGCUGUGUGGGGUAUGCCCGUUGCUCCGUGAGAUCAUGGUCGAUUUUGCGCAGUUCCUCUCGAAAACGCUAGUGGGUUCCCACGGUCAGGACCUACUUGUCGAGGGCAAAGGCUUAAAUACGUUUAAAAACUCUAGCUCGGUUGUUGAACUUGUCAUGCUGCUUUGCUCACAAGAGUGGCAAAACUCCCUGCAGAAACAUGCGGGUUUAGCAUUCAUUGAACUAAUUAACGAGGGACGCCUGUUGUCACAUGCCAUGAAAGACCACAUCGUUCGGGUCGCUAACGAGGCUGACUUUAUCUUAAACCGCAUGCGCGCUGAUGAUGUCAUCAAGCAUGCCGAUUUCGAACAGUUAUGCGGCCAAACCGCUGCCGAACGUCGCGACGAGGAGAGCAUGUGCGACCACCUGAUCACAGCAGCCCGUCGACGAGACACCGUCGUCGCACAGCGUAUGAUCGACAAAGUCCACAACAUGCUCACAAACCGACACGGAGCAUGGCGAGACCAGCAGCAGAUGCAGCAAGCGCGAACGCUGGCGUUGCGUGGCAGAUGUGGCGUGGGCGGCGGACAAGGCAGCCCGCAGUUUACCCCUACAGCCACCGCGGGAACAGCAUGCACUAAUAAUAACAAAAACAAUAGUGCCCCUGCGAUCGUCACCGUGACCAACUUAGCCGGCGGAAAAGAUGGUCUUACAAAUCAUUCGGUUCCAACGGUUACUACUGCUAGCAACGUUGCCAUCGACACCUCGACGAACCGCACUCGAGUAGAUUUUGAACGGAUCGAGCAUUUGAAGCUUGAUAGUUGGGAGGACGACGCUAGACGUAGAAGACGGUUCGUCCGCAACCCCCUCGGAUCGCCGCAUCACGGCGCUUCGCUCAGGGCCGAACACGCCCACGGCCACAACGAUGACGCAGCGACCGUAUCACGCGAUCGCGAGGAGCUCCAUCGGCAGUUGGCGGCCCAGCGACGGCAAAACGGGUCGCCGGGCGGAGAGCUGACCGGUGGACAAGCGGCUGACGGAGCCGAAUAUUGGGAAGACAAGGAGUUGGACGCGGAAUACACCGGCAGUGUAAGUCUGAGCACUCGAUGCCGACUAAUUGCUCCAGGCAUAACUGCGCCGGGCACCCUGUCAGUGACGCAGUCCGAACUCUUUUUCGAGGUCGACGAAGACGAUGCCGAGUUCAAGAAGAACUGUCCACGCGUGCUGAAAUACUGUGAGCAUGUUCAUGGCAAGUGGCACUUUAGCGAAAUCCGGGCAGUUUUUUCGCGCCGCUACCUGCUUCAGAAUGUCGCUCUCGAGAUAUUCCUUGCAUCAAGAACUUCGAUCAUGUUCGCGUUCGACAGCGCAAAGACGGUAAAAAGGGUGGUGAAAGCUCUGCCCCAGGUCGGUGUAGGUAUUAAGUAUGGGAUCGGUCAAACGCGACGUGCGUCACUGAUGACGCCCCGACAGAUCUUUCAGCAGAGUAACAUGACUCAGAAGUGGCAGCGCCGAGAGAUAUCCAAUUUCGAAUACCUCAUGUUCCUAAACACGAUUGCCGGCCGCACCUAUAGCGACCUCAACCAGUACCCCAUAUUUCCUUGGGUGCUGACCAACUACGAGAGCGCUGAACUCGACCUAAGUUUGCCCUCGAACUACCGUGACCUCUCGAAGCCCAUUGGUGCGUUAAAUCCAUCACGUAAGCAGUUUUUCGAAGAGCGCUAUGAAUCAUGGGAGCACGACGUUGUCCCGCCAUUCCACUACGGGACACAUUAUUCGACUGCAGCAUUCACGCUCAACUGGCUGCUACGACUUGAGCCGUUCGCGACUAUGUUCUUAGCUCUGCAGGACGGCAAAUUCGAUCACCCUGACAGGCUUUUCUCGUCCGUCGGUCAGUCGUGGCGUAAUUGCCAACGUGAUACGUCCGAUGUCAAGGAGCUAAUCCCGGAGUUUUUCUAUCUGCCGGAGAUCUUCCAAAAUCACAAUGGGUUCCGGCUUGGGACGAGGGAAGAUGGUCACCUUGUUAGCGACGUUCAACUGCCCCCUUGGGCAAAUGGCUCGGCCGAAGAGUUUGUCCGUAUCCAUCGAAUGGCGCUGGAAUCGGAAAUUGUUAGCUGCCAGCUGCACCAGUGGAUCGACCUCAUAUUCGGCUACAAGCAACGCGGGCCAGAAGCUGUACGAAGCGCUAACGUCUUCUAUUACCUCACGUACGAGGGCAACGUCGAGCUGGAAAGCGUCAAAGAUCCGGUAAUGCGUGAGGCUAUCGAGGAGCAAAUAAAAAAUUUUGGAAUGACACCAUCUCAACUACUACUUGAACCACACCCUCCGCGCAGCUCAGCGAUGCACAUAAGCCCAUUGAUGUUUUCGCCUGUGGCCGACGAGGUUUGCAUGGUGAUCAAGUUUCUGUCAAAUUCGCCGAUUGUGCACAUCUCAGCCAAUACUUACCCGCAGUUACCAGCGCCAUCAGUUGUCACGGUGGCGGCCAAUCACAACUUUGCCGUCAACCGCUGGAAUCCAAACUUCAGCACCCCGUUGCAUGGGGGUGGCGGCGGACCCACGGGCAGCUAUCAUCACGAUGUGUCCUCCCAGAGCGGGCCGGGUCAACAGAACAGCCAGGUCCUUCCAUUGUCAAUGGAUCCAUUACUUAUGAUGAACGUUUCGCCGCAUAAGCGCCACCUCGGUGAUUCGGAUUUUUCGCAGCGGCUGAAGGUCCGACCAUCGUGCUUCGUCACCACGGUCGAUUCGCGUUUUAUCAUCGCUGCCGGAUUUUGGGACAAAUCAUUUCGAGUGUUUGCCACGGAAUCUGCUAAGACUUUGCAGAUUGUUUAUGCGCAUUUUGGGGUCGUUACAUGUUUGGCUCGCUCAGAAUGCAAUAUAACUUCAGACUGUUACGUCGCAUCGGGCUCAGAGGACUGUACGGUGCUGUUGUGGCACUGGAACGCCCGUACCCAGUCUAUCGCGGGCGACAACGCUAAUCCCGACGUUCCGACGCCACGAGCAUCACUAUCCGGCCAUGAAAGCGAGGUGACAUGCAUUGUCGUGUCUGCGGAACUUGGCCUCGUCGUGAGUGGCUCACGUUCAGGAGCUGUUCUCGUGCAUACGACGGCAGGCGACCUGCUGCGAUCGGUCCAAGGUCCCGAACACUUCCGCAGUCCGCACCUUGUGUGCCUAUCCCGUGAAGGCACUAUGGUACUUUGCUACGAUCUAAGUAACGUGUGCGCAUUCAAUAUGAACGGCAAACAGCUCAGGGCUGUUACACACCAUGAUGAUAUUGGCUGCUGCGCGCUGAGUCGCGACGGAGAGUACCUUAUCACUGGAGGUGAGAGUGGUGUUGUCGAGGUUUGGCGCACGUACAAUCUGGCUCUUCUCUACGCGUUUCCGGCGUGCGAAGGCGCCGUACGUUCCGUCGCCCUUUCACACGAUCAACGAUUCCUCAUUACUGGUCUGUCAAACGGCUCAAUCACCGUCUUCUACAUCGACUUUAACCGAUGGCACCACGAGUACCAACAGCGCUAUUAAUAAUAAUUAAU